CUCGUGCAGAGGCUUGCGCGCGAGGCGAUCUGCCUCGACGUGUGCCCGAGCUCGAACGUGCUGCUGCGGUCGGUGCCGUCGCUGGAGGAGCACCCGCUGCCGGCGCUACUGCGCGCGGGCGUCCCGGUGACAAUCAACUCGGACGACCCGCUGCUCUUUGGGCCUCGGCUGCUCGAGGAGUACGAGGCGUGCCGCGCGGAGCUGCACAUGACAGACGAGGAGCUGGCGAGGGCAGCCACCUGCUCCUUCGAGCACUCGAUGGCGCCCGAGGACGUCAAACGACGAGGCGUUGCUGACGUCAAGCGCUGGCUGGAGGGUGCUGGCUGA